AACCAACAGUAGGAACUGUUCAGUAGCUCGGCAACAUUUGAAUCAAUCGAAACGGAAACUAAAAUGUUUACAACUAAAAACUUGAUGUAUUUGUCUGUAUUACUCAUUGCGGGCGUGGCUGCAGUUAAGGCAGAGCAGAAGCGUCCCAUCACAGAGACGUGUCUAGUUUGCAUGUGCGAGGCAUUAAGUGGCUGCAAUGCAACAGCUGUGUGCGUCAAUGGGGCAUGUGGCAUCUUUCGCAUUACGUGGGAUCAGUGGGUCGACUCGGGUCGGUUGACGGUCAAUGGAGAGCCGUCCCAAUUGGAAAACUCGUUUACGAAUUGCGCCAAUGACCCGCACUGCGCGGCAGAUAGCCUGCAAAACUAUAUGGUCAAAUAUGGACAAGAUUGCAAUGGAGAUCAGCAGGAAAAUUGUCUCGACUAUGGCGCCAUACACUAUAUGGGUCCCUUCAAUUGUCAAGCCGAUAUGCCAUACACUUUUGAGAGCAUAUUCAAAAAGUGUCUGAAGCGUGCCGAGAUGCAACAACAGCAACAGCAAUCAAUUAAUACCUGAAUUGAUU